UAAAUUCCAAAAACAACAAAAAUUGCUUGCACAAACACCUGUCACAAGAAUGACUUAAAAUAAGCAAAUCAAAAUAUAUAAUAAAUCAGUUAUAAUCAUUUCCAAGGAAAUAGCAUUUCUGGGCUUAGAAAAGUUCAGUGUGAACUAUACACAUGUUUACCAGAGUCUUUAAAAAUGUUUUAUUCAAAUAAGUAUAGUUACAAUUAAAUUAAUUUAAAGAUAAAAUAUUCCUGUGUAACUUGUUGCUGCAAAAUUGUGUGUAGACACCUAAUUUGGCCUCUUGUUGUCUAUGGGAUCUGGACUUCUGUUCUUCCCUUCACUACUUUAAAGAAUACAAGAGUAGAAGUGUUAAACCUACUAGCCCAGCCAAACUCCAGCUUUGAAGAAGCAGAGUGAGCCCUGCUCAGGUUCAAGAGCCUGACAUAAUUAGCUGUGGCAGGAGAAAUACAGAAUUUCAAACUAGAGACCAAGCAGGUAACUGAUGAUUUGUCUGGUGGCUUAAAUUGUCAGACAAAUAUCCAGUUGCUAAAGUCCAAUUGUGUUUUGAAAUCUCUUCCAGGAGUGUAACUUUUAUUACAAACCUUGAAAGACUUUCUAGAUACCUUUUUACCUGUUGUCCUUUGCUUGUUUCAGAGAACAGUUUAGGUCUUCCCAGAAUUGAUCUAGGUUAAAUUCAAGGCCCGUUGGAGGCAAUCUUCAGUGCCCUGUUUAAACGAACCAGAGGGAGUUGCUGCACAGUGAAGCAUAGUGCACCUAUUCCAGGUCGGAGUGCACACUCUCUGCACCACCCCAUGGCCUUUGAUGGCGUAAGAAGGGAGAAACUAGCCACAGGAAGUUAAAAGAACUUCUCCAUGAUAUUCCUCAGCACUAAACACACAGGUAGUUAUCUAUCCCUUGCAUUUGACCUUCAAAAUGAUAUUUCCGAUCACCCAAACAAAUCUACAUGCUGAGCAAUCAGCCUCCUUACCAGAAAAAAAAAAGUGUCUAAAUGGUUGUGCAUUGAAAAGUCUCUGCUGUGCUACAUUAUCUUCGAAGUGGAGGAGGUGGGAAAAUAGAAACAAAAACAGCAAGUGAUUGUUAUGCAAUUAUGCCAUUAGCGGCAAUCAUUAUAAAUUAAUAUGGGUAAGUUUGUUAACAACAGGCAGAUGUUCAUUGCUGCAACUUUGAUCAUGAAGCCAUGACUCGAGGAGUUAACGCGGCAGGGAUUUGGGUUGGAAGGUGCUGAAGCCGAGCAGCACCCAUGUGCUUUUCCUCCACACGUUUCUUCCUACAUGUGUAAAAUGCACACCUGUUCAACCAUCCAGACACCCUUGAUAAUUCCGUUCCAGCUGGUUUGCACUAGGAUUAGAUGCUCUUUGCAUUAGGUUGUAGAUGUAGAUAUGGUUUCUGUAGUGAUGGGGCAGACUGCAGAGAUCUAUUGGCUGCCGGCUUUGUAAAUUUCAUUCAGUUUGGUCCAAUCGCAGGAGGAGAGAGACUGGUACAGCCUGGACCUCUCUCCCUCUUCAAUCUCUCUUUUUCUUGCAGAUCAGUCUCUCUCCCUGUCUCUGCCUCUCUGCAUAGGCAAUCAAAGCUCUUACUCACAGACUCAACUCUCCCUUUUGCACUGCUUGUAAUGAAUUUUCUUCCUGAAUGUAGGUCGUUUACCACCGAAAGCGCCAGUUUCCUCCCAAGCCAGCGUCUGCUGUGUGUUUUUCUUUUGCUUUUUUGGGGGUCGAUGCAUUCCUUUGGACCAGAAAAUCGCUUUGGAUUCCAAAAAAGGAGAGAGGAGCCUGGUACGAUCUCCUGGCAGGAUUUGGCUGUGUGUUAAAAACAACAAAAAAAGGACCCUUAUGCAUCUGCAGCUAUUCCAGUGCUAAGGCUGACUGACCAGGCUGGAAUUAAUUGGAAGGAAUCAUUGCGCUACUAAAGCAGAGUUACUGCUGACUGUCUUUUCUCCUCCACUUGUUUGGAAGUGUUGCCAGGAUUAAGCCAUCAUUGGAGUCCGGGGAUGGGCCUUAGGAACAAGGACUCCCUUGCUUGUCAUAGCAUUGGAAUCUGUCUGUGGUCAGUUAUCUGAGGCAUCAGUACAUUCAUCUGCAGAUUUUUUCACUGCCCGAAGAGGAUUCUGUUUUACCCUUAACCUCAUCUCCAUAUUGCCUUCCCCAUUCCCUUAUUUUCCUUGACUGAUUAAUUUCCCCUUGGCUGUGGAAGAUUGAGCCCUGCUGAUGGUGAUUUAAACAAUGUCGAGGCCAAUGGGACUCCUAUGGCUGCCUUUGAUCUUCACUCCGGUCUGUGUCAUGUUGAAUGCUAACUUCCUCCUGUGGAUAACUGCACUUGCUAUAAGAUUUACUCUUAUUGAUGGCCAAGCACAAUAUCCUGUUGUUACCACAAAUUAUGGCAAAAUACGGGGUCUAAGAACACCUUUGCCCAAUGAGAUUCUCGGCCCAGUGGAGCAGUACCUGGGUGUUCCUUAUGCCUCCCCUCCAACUGGGGAAAGGCGAUUCCAGCCCCCGGAGCCUCCUUCCUCCUGGACUGGGAUCCGGAAUGCCACACAGUUUGCUGCUGUCUGCCCACAGUACCUGGAUGAGAGAUCAUUGCUCAAUGACAUGUUGCCAGUAUGGUUUACUGCCAAUUUGGAUACUGUGGUUACUUACGUGCAAGAUCAAAAUGAAGACUGCCUGUAUUUGAACAUCUACGUGCCCACAGAGGAUGGAGCCAACACAAAGAAAAGCGCAGAUGAUAUAACCAGUAAUGAUCGUGGUGAAGAUGAAGACAUUCAUGACCAGAACAGCAAGAAACCGGUUAUGGUCUACAUCCAUGGGGGAUCCUACAUGGAGGGUACUGGCAACAUGAUUGAUGGGAGCAUUCUAGCAAGCUAUGGAAAUGUCAUCGUUAUUACCCUCAACUACAGGCUAGGGGUUUUAGAUCUUAAAGCACUUUGUGAAGGCAAAUCCCCAAUUUACCAGUAUGGAAUCGAGGCACAGAAAGGGAAAGUGACUCAGUUAAGAUCAAACAGCUGGUCACUGGAAGAGUUCCAAUUUCUAGUUCUGAGUACCUG